AUGGCUGUACGAAGAUUACAACAAGAUUUUCGAGAACUACUGAAAAAUAUUGUGGAAGGUAUUGAUGCUAGUCCUUCGUCAGACAAUAUUUUUUUAUGGAAUGCUAUUAUUUGUGGACCCGAAGAAAGUAUCUAUGAAUCCGGUGCAUUUCAACUACAAUUAAUGUUUCCAGAUGAUUAUCCACUUCGUCCACCACAAGUUCGUUUUAUUACCAAAGUUUUUCAUCCUAAUGUCUGGUGGGAAGAUGGACUUAUUUGUGUCGAUAUAUUGAAAGAUGGUUGGACACCAUCUUAUGAUGUUUUAGCUAUACUUCAUUCAAUUCGUCUUCUUCUUAGUGAUCCAAAUCCACUUAGUCCUGCCAACUUAGAAGCUGCUUUACUCUAUCGGGAUAAUCGAGCGGAAUUCAAUCGACGUGUGAUACAGUCGAUUCAGGAUACACUCGAUAAAGAUGAUGAAAUUGAAUAUGAAGCUAAUAAUAAUAAUAAUAAUGAUAAUAAUAAUGAUGAUGAUGAUGAUGAUGAUGAUGAUGAUGAUGAUGAUGAUGAUGAGAAAGACAAUGAAAGUGAUGAGGCGGCUCAAAUGGAAGAUGGUGAUACACUUCGUCAAAAAACAACAAUUCUACGUCACAGCAUUACUGAAUGA